AUGGUAGUGGGACAUUCUGCUUUGAAUGAUGUGGAGUGUAUUUUUCACGGUAAAAGGUCUCCUAGAAACCCUGAACAGAAGAUCAUUAAACGAGUGAUCGCUCUUGAAGGAGACAUUAUCAAAACCAUUGGAUACAAAAAGAAGUAUGUGAAAGUUCCACAUGGGCAUAUUUGGGUGGAAGGUGACCACCAUGGACACAGCUUUGACAGCAAUGCUUUUGGCCCG